AUGGGGAUUUUUAUCAUUAUUGAAAUUCUAGUUCUCCUCCAGCACGAGGCGCAUCAACUCACAACAAUUUGGAAAACGCGAAAACACGAAGGAGGACUUUGGGCGUUGCUUGCUUGCAUGAUCAUUUCUGGCUUCGAAGUUGUCUUGGGCUUUUCCGCGUUUGGAGCGUGGCUUCGUUACAAUGACUUGGUGGAUAAGUUCAAAGCCAGAAAUAUGGAAAUUGAACUUGGUCUUGCUUAUCCGACGAUUUAUGGGCAUUAUCUAUCAAAAUGGAACUCUUCUGAAAGCGGGCUGAAUCGGAUCCGUAAAUCAGCUGCGAGUUAUGGUGAUUUCUCUGAAAACAACGGUGAAAACAAUGAAGAUGAUGGCGACGAUUACGAUCGAGAUGUGGAUCAAGAAAUUGACAAUUAUGCUGAAAUGGAUGCGGAGAUGGAUAUUGCUAUGAAUGAAGAACUUGAUGUCGAUGAUGGGAUGGAUGAUGGGGCAAAUGACUUGGAUGCUGGAGGCGAUAUUUAG